CUUCUCGCGAGACUGCAGGCAGGGCCGGGCCCGACAUGGCGGAAGAGGAGGUGUCCAAGUUGGAGAAGCACUUGAUGCUUCUCCGGCAAGAGUAUGUCAAGCUGCAGAAGAAAUUGGCAGAGACAGAGAAGAGAUGCACUCUUUUGGCUGCACAAGCAAACAAGGAAAACAGCAGUGAGUCCUUCAUCAGCCGGUUGCUGACGAUAGUGGCGGACCUGUAUGAGCAAGAGCAGUACAGUGAUCUGAAAAUAAAGGUUGGAGGCAGGCACAUCAGUGCUCAUAAGUUUGUCCUGGCAGCCCGUAGUGACAGCUGGAGUCUGGCCAACUUGUCUUCCACUGAGGAACUGGACCUGUCAGAUGCUAAUCCUGAGGUGACAAUGACAAUGCUUCGCUGGAUCUACACAGAUGAGCUGGAGUUCAGAGAGGAUGAUGUGUUCCUGACUGAAUUGAUGAAACUAGCAAAUCGGUUUCAGCUACAGCUCCUUAGGGAGAGAUGUGAAAAGGGUGUUAUGUCCCUGGUGAAUGUUAGGAACUGUAUUCGCUUCUAUCAGACUGCAGAGGAACUGAAUGCCAGCACACUGAUGAACUACUGUGCAGAGAUUAUUGCCAGUCAUUGGGAUGACUUACGAAAGGAGGACUUUAGCAGUAUGGGUGCUCAGUUGUUAUACAAAAUGAUCAAAUCCAAGACAGAGUACCCAUUACACAAAGCUAUCAAAGUGGAAAGAGAAGAUGUGGUCUUCCUUUAUCUGAUUGAAAUGGAUUCACAGCUCCCUGGGAAGCUGAAUGAAGUGGAUCAUAAUGGAGAUCUUGCAUUAGAUCUAGCCCUUUCACGACGACUAGAGAGUAUUGCUACCACGCUGGUUAGUCAUAAAGCUGAUGUGGACAUGGUAGACAAGAAUGGCUGGAGCUUGUUACAUAAAGGAAUCCAAAGAGGAGAUCUCUUUGCUUCUACUUUCCUUAUUAAGAAUGGGGCCCUUGUUAAUGCUGCUACAUUGGGUGCCCAAGAGACACCAUUACACCUUGUGGCAUUGUACAGUUCAAAGAAACAUUCAACAGAUGUGAUGUCUGAGAUGGCACAGAUUGCAGAGGCCCUCCUACAGGCUGGUGCCAAUCCCAACAUGCAGGAUAGCAAGGGCAGGACUCCUUUACACCUGUCCAUCACCGCCAGGAAUGAAUAUGUGUUCAAUCAGCUGCUGCAGUGUAAACAGUUAGAUUUAGAGCUAAAAGACCAUGAAGGCAGCACAGCUUUGUGGCUGGCAGUACAGUACAUCACUGUAUCUUCGGAUGCAUCUGUAAACCCCUUUGAAGACCUCCCUGUGGUAAAUGGGACUUCAUUUGAUGAAAACAGCUUUGCAGCCAGACUCAUUCAGCGUGGCAGCAACACUGAUGCACCUGAUACCAUGACAGGUACAGAAUAGUAGAUCCCUGAAAGUUGAUGCUGAAGUUAGGGGCUCUGUGGAAUAUCUUAUAAUUGUUUUUAACAAAAUGGCCUACUAUUAGGAAAAUUAUUUUAUACUUAAUUUUAAAUAAAAGUGCAGGUUGUAAUUUUUUUUCUUAUACUUCAGUUUAGACAAACAUCAAAUUAAAUCUUACAAACUGAAAUACUUUGUUUAUUAUUUCUGGAACUGGGAUUGAACCCAGGGUUGUUCUACCACUGAAUUUAUACCCCCACCCUUUUUAAAUUGUAUUUUGAGGCAAGGUCUAGGUUGCCCAGGAUGGCACUGAACUUGUGAUCCUCCUGCCUUCGCCUCCUGAGUAGGUAGGAUUACUGACGUGCAGCACUGUAUGCAGCAAAAGUGGCUGGUUUCUUAUAUUUGCAUAUGUAUUCAAUCUUUUGAGAUGUUGUUUUGAUUAAAGUAUAUGAAGAUAAUACAUCUUUCACACAGAUAUGUAGUGAAGGGAUUUGUAUUUUAAAUAUCCAUGAAAUUCAGUAUUUUGUUAUGUUGAAAUCCAUGUCUCAUUUGUCUUCUGAAUGCAUCUUUUUCAUUGGGAAAAAUUGGUUCACUGAGUUAUGCAGAUCUUCAAAAUGUUCAUACAUUUCAGAAUUAUGUUUAAUCUGUAUCACCAAUUAUCUUAUCAGAGAAGUCUUAGUAUUGAGACAGUAUUAAAUUUAGGAUUGCCAAGAAAAGUUUUCACAGAUUUUUAGUUUUAUCAUUGGGUACUA